AGAAGCUGUGAACGCCAAAAUUGUAUACAACCAAUUUGUUAAAGUCACUCCCUACUUUGGUGGCAGGAAAUUAGGAGGAGAAACUGUCAUCAGCGACUGUUGACUCAAAAGCCGCUGUGUUGUACAACACAAACAAGACACCGCUAAACGUUACAAUUUAAUCGAACGAAAAAUUUCUAAAUCAUGGAAACGCAAAACGUUGAACCGAAGCAGGCACGGAGAAUUCGUAAACGGAAGAAGCAACGAAUCAACGAAAUUCGCCAGCAGAUGGAAUUUUAUUUCAGCGAUGCCAAUCUGACGAAAGACCGUUUUUUGAAUCAAUUGAUCGCCAAUGAUCCGAAUGUUCCAUUGGAGGUGUUCAUGAAUUUCAAUAAAAUCAAAAACAAUGUCGACUCAGUGGAGGACAUAGCGAAGGCCCUAUUGAAAUCUGAAUUUUUGAAAUUGUCUGACGACCGACGCACAGUUUGCCGCACAACGCCAAUCGUCGAAAGCACUAAUGUCGAUGAGCGUACAAUCUAUGUGGAAUCGUUACCGUUAUCAACGACCCACGAAUGGUUGAAAACGUGCUUCGAGCAAUACGGACCAGUCGCCUACGUUUCGCUCCCCAAAUACCGUGCGUCACAACGAAUAAAGGAAUUUGCGUUCGUUGAGUUCGAACAAAUAUCCAGUGUCAUCAAGACAAUAAACGCGUUCAAGAAAUUCGGUGGGCUGCUCAACAUGGAAAGUGAUCCAGAGAAUCUGUCCAGCAUCAUAUCUUAUCUGAAAGAACAACAGGCCUUGGCUGAGCAAGCUGCCCAAGCAAAUCCCACGAAGCCGAAGAAAACCAUUUUAACAGAAGACGAUGGUGGCGAAGACGUGGCCAGUAAUGUGGAUGAACAGAGUGAAACGCAUUCGGACAACUUGGAUGAACCACCCGUCAAAAAGGUGAAGUUAUCGGAGGAACGGGGCGCAGAUGCGAAAGAACCGGAUGAAGAUGAACACGAUUCGGAAGAUCAACACGAUGCCGAGGCAAAGGAGCACGACGAGGAUGAACACGAUUCGGAGGAUCAACAAGAUGCUGAGGCGAAGGAUCAUGAUGAGGAUGAACACGAUUCCGAUAACAAAGAACUGGACGAACAUGUCGGUGAAAAUCAUAAGAGUAAGAAUCGGCACCGGAAGAUCAGCGUGAAGAACAAACGAGCCGCUAACCAAAUCAGUACACCGUUGAAAUCUGUCCGAUCGUUGAGAAUUUGCACGAAAAUCGAAUGGAAACGUCUGCGAAACAAAUACCUGAACGAACAGCGUCAACAACGCAAACUGUUCAAACAAACGUUUAAAUCGACCAAGCAAGUGCCACCAGCUCAACCGUUGAAGAAAAUUGUCCAAAAUCCCAGAAAGAUCAAUUUCUACAAUGCUAACAAAGAGGACGGCAAAGAGGUCGUCAACAGCAAAAUUCAAUCCAUCAAGACACCGUUGUUCACCUUUGCAGCCGGUGUCAUCGUUAAAGUAUUCUUCGAUGAACCGUGUCCGGACGUUGCCGAAUUUAAACGGGACUUACGAGCUCAAUCCUACGUCAAGUACAUCGACAUCGAUGAAGCCCAAACAGCGGCGGUUGUUCGUGUGGAUGAAUCACGAUCGGCACCAACUCUUAUCAAACAUUGCGCCCCGAAGAGAUGCCAAAUAUUGACUGGUGACAAUGAGAGCGAUUAUUGGCGCAAAAUGGAAGUGGAUUGGAAGAAUAAAAUUAGCAAAAAUGUUAAAGUGGCCACAAAGAGAGGACGUGAUAAGCUCGCUAAAGUGAUUGCAACCCAUGUAAGAUUCGAUGAUUGAAUUGGGUGGUCGAAGGAAUUGUGUUCAAUGUUCACGUUUGUAUAAAGAAUUGUAAUCAUAGCU